AUGUCGAGCACAGAAGACGUGGGAGCGGGGAUGGCCCCGCUCGCCGGGGAGUAUGGCGAGUUGCUCCAAGAGCAACAGAGAGAACUCCUCCGCCAGCGUCUGGCAGACCGCCAGCGGGAGCUGGAAGCGAGAAGACAGAAACUCAGGCUUCUUCAGAACGAACAAAAUGCUGCCCUCGGCCUCUCGGGCGACGUGGCAGGCUCCGCGGCAAUCGCUGGAGAAGUGGGCAAGAAUGUCUCCUCGUUGAUGAACGAAGUGAUGAGCAGCCUCCAGAACUUGCCCAAGGCCGCGACUGCCACUGGGUCUGGCGGGGAGAAGGGCGAAGCUUCGGGGACUCCUGCCGGGGCUGCAGGCGCCACGGCGCCGCUCGUCGGCAAGAAGCAUCGCUCGACCCCGGGGCGAAACAGAGGAGACCGCGACAGCGCGAACCUGGCCUUCAAAGUGCACCGCCCGCAAAAUGUAGACACGACCAUCAAACCGAAGACUGUCGAGUCUUUCGACAAGUCCGUUCAGGCAGACCUUCCCCUCGAGACAGAAAAGGAGAAGCCGCCGGUAGCGGCCGAGAGUGACGCGCCCGAGGCGACUCCGGCACAGGUGGAUGCAGCCGCCAAGCACGAACCGGAGAAGAAGGAUGCCGAAGGAGCGACGUCUGCGGUUGAGGCGGGCCCCAAGAGCCAACCCCACGAGGAAACGAAAGCUCUUCCAAAGCCCGUCUCGGAGGAGGAGCGAAAGCGCAUCAUGCAGAGCCCCGAAUUUGAGAAAUUCUUCGAGAGAACCACCAAAGUCGUCGAGAGGCUGCUGGGGCAGGAAGAGCUUCAAGGUGAUCCGUUCGUUGACUACUCCGGCGCACAGACAAACACGGAUGCGCUAGGCGAGAAGCUGCAACGCGUCGCUUCCUACACCGUUCCGAAGCUGACGCCGGAUCGCCCCGUUUUGGACGUCCGCGCGUCGCCCCACUUCCCGGAAGUCUUUCUCACCUCCUACGGAUCAGCGGAGUUUGGGGAAGAAGGCGACUUGGAAGGAUGCGUUCUUCUGUGGAGUCUCGCCAUGAGAGAAAGGCCCGAAUACACUUUCACCUGCCAGUCCCAAGUUUGCUCCGCAAUCUUCAACUGCUUCCAACCGUCUGUGAUUCUCGGCGGCACCUACGCUGGCGGCAUCGUCGUCUGGGAUACUCGCGCACAAUCCAAGCCUGUGCAGCGCACGCCUCUCAGCAGCGGCGGCCACGCUCACCCGGUUUACUCGAUGGAGCUCGUGGGCACGAAGAACGCGCACAACCUCGUCUCGGUCGACACGGACGGUCGCCUUUGCGUAUGGUCCCUCCAGAUGCUCGGCGCGCCGACGGAAACGCUGGACAUGAAGCGGGGAAACAAGGAAGUCUGCAUCGAGUGCAUCGCGUUUGCCGAGAACGAAGUUAACUCUCUGGUUCUCGGGACUGAGGACGGAGCCCUGCUGCAGGCCAACAUCCACGGAAACAAACCUGGUGUCACAGAGGCCCACGACAGCCACAACGGCGCCGUCACCUCUCUCCGCUUUCACCCCGCCGCUGCUGAGCCUGGACAAAGAGACUACACAGGCAAGCUCUCGUCAGACUACCUUCUUCUCUCCACGUCUGUCGACUGGACUGUCAAACUAUGGAGUGCGAAACGAUCUUUUGCAAAACCUCUGAAAACGUUCGACAACUACGAGGUCUACAUCUACGACGCAGCCUGGCACCCGACAAAUCCCGCACUCUUCUCAUGCGUCGACGGCGAAGGCCACCUGGACCUCUGGAACCUCGCAAACGACUGGGAGACUCCUGCAAUUCGCGUCGGAGGAACCGAGCCGGGAGCGCCUCCCGUCGCGAAAAACAAAGUGGCGUGGAGCAGCGACGGUCGGCGAGUGGUCACCGGAGACGCAAAGGGAAAUGUCGAAGUCUGGGCUGUGGCGAACGAGUUCCUCCAACCGCGCGGAGAAGAAGCUGCAAACUUCGAGAGGCAAAUCGAAGAGGCCAAGCCGGACAACGCCCCCACCAACAUGGACACUGCGAACGACGUUACGAUGGAUUUCACAGAGUAG